ACCAAAGGCCAAUCAAAACAGGACUAUGAUGAAGAUAACAUGAUCCAGAGUAUAUUUGACCUGUUCUUGGGCGGGACGGAGACAUCCAGUACCACGCUCAACUGGGCGUUGCUCUAUAUGGUGGCUUAUCCUGAUGUCCAAGCCAAAGUCCAGAAGGAGAUCGAUGCUGUUUUGACUCCCUGCCAAACAAUCUGCUACGAGGACCGCAAGAACUUGCCUUAUACAAACGCCGUGAUUCAUGAGGUCCAGCGCUUCAGCAACAUUAUCUCAACGGGAAUGCCCAGAAAGUGCAUAAAAGACACCAUGAUCCGACAAUUCCCAGUUAAAAAGGGAACUGUAGUGUUUCCAAACAUGGCUUCUUGCUUGUACGAUCCGAAGGAAUGGGACACCCCUCGACAAUUCAACCCAAACCACUUCCUUGACGAAGACGGGAAUUUCAUCUGCCCAGACGCCUUCGUUCCAUUUUCUUUAGGGCAACGAGUAUGUCUGGGAGAACAUCUGGCGAGGACAGAACUCUUUGUCUUCUUCUCUAACUUCCUGAGGGCCUUCACCUUCCAGCUGCCGGACGGAGUGAAAGGAGUCAACAUAGAACCCAUCUGGGGGGCAACCUUGCAGCCGCACCACUUUGAGAUCUGUGCCGUCGCUCGAUAGGCCGCUCGCGGCGUCUGUAGUAUUGUGGCACCCGUAGGAAACAGGAGACGGCUUUCUGGUGCUGGACGGUGUGGCUUGUUCAGAAGCCCGUGCAUCUUAAAGACAAAUAAGACAAGUUUCUCUCUGGUGGUGGAUAGGGCUGUCAGGUCACAGCCGACUUCUGGUGCCUUCCCAUAGGGUUUGCAAGGGAAGAGAGAGGUGAGUUGCCAUUGUCUGCCUUUGUGUAGCAGUCCUGCGCUUCCUGGGUGGUCUCCCUUCCAAG